UCGCGGCCUACAUAUUCUGCCCCUCACCUCUCGUCCCUCCUUUCCCUCCCCCACCAUCAACCACAAAUUUUCACAGCACAUCAAGAAAAGAAACCACCAUUCGUAGUGCUCAUUCCUUCUGAUAAGGAGACUACUGCAGAUACUAUUUACUGGUAGAUAAGUUCCUCUCUUAUCAUCUCAUUCUACUCAAUCGCUAACGAACUCGCACCCGUACAAACAGCAAUUACUACGAUCUACCGCUCGAGAAAAAAAACUACCCCACCUCUAUCAACCACCUGCCCAGCAUGGACACCGAAGGUCUUAAGGAUGUUGAGGUAGGAAAUGCUCUUUGGAACACGUUCUCCCUUCUUCUUUGUGUCAUACCGGAUUUGUCUCCGCUUUUCCUGCCUUUCGCCCCUGCGGGGUGCUGGCUGCGGGGCAACCGCUGCACGUGAACUCGACGCUCACAAUUCACUUAUCUAGGGAGAACUUGUGUCUACCUACAAAACGCAACAGGGUCAGGCUUCUUCUAUCCAAGAAUUUGAUCAGAUGAGUCUGAGACCUGAGCUCCUCAGAGGUAAGCAACUUGGGAGUUUUUUUCCUUUUCCUUUGCUCCACGGCAUUCACUGUGUUGUGCGACCGCAGAGACCGCAGAACAGUUUUUUUUUUCUUUCACUAUUUUUGUUUCGAUGUUCAUGACGCUGAUUUCGUUCUCUCCUAGGUAUCUACGCAUACGGGUACGGAACCAGCUCAAUAAGUGACGCAAGGUGUUCUGACAUUUUUCUAGUUUUGAGCGCCCUUCUGCCAUCCAACAGCUUGCCAUUGUCCCUGUCAUUGAAGGUAUGUUUUUUCACCCCUCCUUCCCUCACGAUCAAUAUAUUAAAAAUCUAUCACCACAUAGGCCGUGAUGUUAUCGCCCAGGCCCAAUCCGGAACUGGAAAGACUGCAACUUUCUCGAUUUCUGUUCUUCAGAAGAUCGAUCUCUCCCGUAAGGAAUGCCAGGCUUUGAUCCUGGCCCCUACCCGUGAGCUCGCUCAACAGAUCCAAAAGGUCAUUAUUGCUAUUGGAGAUUUCAUGAACAUUGAGUGCCAUGCUUGUAUUGGGGGAACUGUCGUAAGCCAGGACAUCCGGAUCCUUGAAGCAGGUGUGCACAUCGUUGUCGGCACUCCUGGUCGUGUCUUUGACAUGAUCAAGCGCGAUGCGUUACUGCCUGGGACUAUCAAAAUGUUCGUCCUUGAUGAGGCUGAUGAAAUGCUAUCGGUUUGUAUAACUUGAUUUUGUGGUCUGUCAACCCCAGUACUAAUGUUUCUUCCAGCGUGGUUUCACCCAGCAAAUUUACGAUAUCUUUACAUAUCUCAACAAAGAAACCAUCCAGGUUGUCUUGCUCUCCGCCACUAUGCCUCAAGAUGUCCUUGAUGUUUCCAAAAACUUUAUGGUUGACCCUGUCAACAUCUUGGUCAAGAAGGCCGAAUUGACCCUCGAAGGUAUCAAGCAAUUCUUUAUCGCUGUUGAGCAAGAAGAUUUCAAGCUCGAUACACUUUCCGAUUUGUAUGAGACGGUCACCAUCACCCAGGCCGUUAUUUUCUGCAACACCCGUAGAAAAGUCGACUGGCUCACCGGGAUGCUUACCGAGCGCGACUUCACUGUUUCCGCUAUGCAUGGAGAUAUGGAUCAGCAGCAGCGAGAUCUCAUUAUGAAGGAGUUCCGAUCUGGUUCUUCCCGUGUCUUGAUUGCUACUGACCUUUUGGCGCGCGGUAUCGACGUCCAGCAAGUGUCCCUUGUGAUUAACUACGACUUGCCUGCAAACAGGGAGAACUACAUCCAUCGUAUUGGCCGUGGUGGUCGUUUCGGCCGUAAGGGUGUUGCUAUCAACUUUGUUACCACUGUAUGCUUCCCAUCAAACUUGCUCACUUGCGAUUGUGAGAAGCUAACUAUCCGCAAUCCUUAGGACGAUAUCCGUAUGAUGCGUGAGAUUGAGCAGUUCUAUUCCACUCAAAUCGAGGAGAUGCCAAUGUUUGUAUACCCAAUGAUUUCGUUGCCGCUGCACUCGGCCUUGCUAACAAUAUACCCUUUCUCAGGAACGUUGCCGACCUCAUCUAAACGAUUUUCAUAAUUACAGCUAAAUAAAAGUUUUUUUUUUUACCAAGUUUUCUAUAACCCACUCCCGUCCCGGGUUUAUGAUUUCUUCCCUUUUUUUCCCUUGUCUUAGUCCUUUCCGAUUCUUUCUGUAUGCGUUUUUCAUCUGGGUUGAGAAUUGGCAUUCAUAUCGGGACAGGACUGUGUUUUCUUUUUCCCUAAAAGGGCAAUUUUCGAAUACCUGAAUGGAAAAUCAUCCGAUGACGAUGGCAACGUUUCAUGGCCUUUGACAAAGGCUCCAGUUCUUGAUUUGUUUUCGGUUGCAUGCCUCCCUUCACAUUAUUAGCUUUUAGUUGGUUCCUUUAUACGCGGAUUAGGUAGAAUUAUGGUGGUGCAGACUGCUGGGAGGGGGGGGGGGCUUAGUUAAUAGUUUCUAGCUAAAUUUUAUUUCCAGCACCUUAGUUUUGUAUUGCUGUGUAUCUUGAAAUAAUAUUUUAUCAGCUGUACUCGAGUAGACGUGAUGAGUCGGACUGUACCUGAACAAGUUAUGCCUCUACGAUUACAUGUAAAUCAGUUAUAAUAUGAGUAUCGUGCUCCUGGAGCCCUAGCAUGGGUUGCUGAAACUCGAACACCAUUGUCGCCAGUCACCUUAGAGAGAUUGUGAAAGGGUGCAGUACUGUGUAACUGAAUUUAGGACCACUUCACAUAACCCCGGCAUUAAACACCGGUUGUCAAUAUCCUAUCCACCACUCCAACUUCUCCCCCGAAAAUAUCACGACUUCCCUCCACCUUAUAACGUUGGGGCAUAUUGGCGGUGAACCUAUCAUUACAUCUUCAAACCCGUCCUCCUCCUCCCCAUGCACGCGCCAAAAAUGCCGCUCACAAGAGUAAGUGAUAUAUCACUCGAUUCCCCCACAGCGCUCAGUCAAGUCCUUACCAAUUCUCGUUAACCCAACCCAACAGCUCUCACUAAUCCCCAAACCCCGCUCGAUAGCUUGCAUCGCCCGCAAUUUCGCCGACCACAUAAAGGAGCUCGGCAACGAGCGUCCAAGGGAGCUAUUCUACUUCCUCAAACCAGCGACGAGUAUCCUGCACCCGGGACAGGGACCAAUCCUCGCUCCGCGCGGGGCGGACCUCCACUAUGAGGUCGAGCUGGGAGUGAUCAUCGGGAGAACGGCGGACGAGCUUCAGCCCUCGGAGGCGCUGGACGCUGUGAAAGGGUAUUGCGUCGGGAUAGAUAUGACGGCUCGGAAUUGUAUUUCGCCAUCAUCUACUACCCACCCAUUUCCGUUCUACACAAUCUUAUGAUAUCAUGGUAUCGUACGAGUUUUGUACAUGAUACUAACGGAUAGGUGGUGACCGGCACCAGGGCAACGAGUAGCGCGCGAAAAGGGUCUGCCGUGGUCACUGGCCAAGGGCUUCAAGACCUUCCUGCCGGUAUCGCGCUUCAUUCCCAGGAAUAGAAUCCCGGAUCCGCACAAUGUUCGUCUGCACUUGGAGGUUAACGGGGAGGUCCGCCAGGAUGAUAGUACGGACUUGAUGUUGUUUAGGAUCCCGGAGGUUUUGCGGCAUGUUAGCGGGGUAUUCGCGCUCGAGGAGGAUGACCUCGUGCUCACGGGAACACCGAAGGGUGUGGGGAGUGUUGUGCCUGGUGAUGUUAUCACUGCGGGGGUCAGUGUUGGUGGGGUUGAGGUUGAGGAUGGGAGGAUUGAAGUUGAGGUUGAGGAGAGGGCGGGGGGGUAUUCUGGGCUGCGAUGA